AUGAUCUCUAUUAAUGGAAAGCCUGCUAUUACCGGGCUGGACUUGACCACCGUGGCAGGUGGCUUGACGGCAGCUUAUUAUAUGGAUUUUGUGAUGAAUUCUUCUAUGGUGGACAAUGCCAACCCAAUGACUGUUCAGUUUGGACCGAUGAAUGAAAAUACUGGUGCAAGAAAUGCACUUCUCAAUGGUCUUGAGGUUUUUAGAAUUAACAAUUCGGUUAGUAGCCUGGAUGGAGAAUAUGGUGUUGAUGGGAAGUCGGCUGAUGGGCCAGGCCGUGGUAUAGUGGCUGCUGUUGGAUUUGCAAUAAUGUUUGGAACAUUUGUCGGUUUAGGUGUAAUAGCUGUUAAGUGGCAAAAAGGGCCACAAGAUUGGCGGCAAAAUCAUAGCUUUUCGUCUUGGUUACUUCCACUCCAUACUGGAGACACGAGCUCCAUGUCAAACAUCAAGACUUCUUUAGGUUCUUGUAAAAGCCAAUUCUUCUCGUCUACUUCCAAAUUAGGCCUAUACUUUUAUUUAGUAGAGUUGCAGGAGGCAACCAAGAACUGGGAUCCAAAUGCAAUAAUUGGUGUUAGUGGAUUUGUCAAUAACACCUUUUGGCGGGGGAGGGUGGUGGAGGUAGUGGCACCACAAUCAACAAGGAUGCUAUCUUGUGGGGUGAACGAAUUAGAUUUUACAGCAUUGACAAAAUUUGGGACAAAAAUAAAAAGAACCAGAAGGAUCGCCGCCAUGGUUGAGGCUAAGAAAGACGGUGGCGAUAGGCGGAGAUUGGAAGAAGAUGGUAGUUUAAUCAUCUUUUCCAUCUCCAGCCCUCUUAGCGAGGAAGAAGAAAAACUAAGAUUUUGCCUAUGGAAGAAGAAAACUAGAUUCAUUUACCUAUCAUCAAUUGUAUGA